AUGCCGGACCCGCAGGUAAAGCAGAUCGAGAAGAUGCUCGUGCAGGAGGAGAAGCAGGAGGAGAAGAAUAUUAAUCACGCGAUUCAAGACCUGAAGAAAGCAGCCAACGCCGUGGAGAAAUCACACAAGGAGGCGGACAAGGCUCAUCACGAUUUGGAUAAAGCUCUCCGCAAGGAACACGAUACCGCCAAAGGGAUCAACAACGCCGCCCAUAAUUAUGAGAGAAUACAGACAGACGUGGAUCAAGCGAAGCAGCGCGUGCAGAUCAAGAAAGAGAACGAAGAGCGUAUGGCGCACAGCAAGCAGCGGAAGCAGACGCUGGUGGAAGAGAUUAAAGAGAGAAAUGAGCAGAACCAUGCUGAACGCGAAGCUCGCAUCGUCGAGCUGCACUCUCACUCGCCCGCCGGUGGGUCUACGUUCAAUACCGAGAACGGGUCUGUCGGGGGCGCCAAUGUUAGUCGAUCGGCGACUACAGCCACCACCGGAACGACUGGCACGACAAGAACUACGCAGACAGCAGCGACCAACGGACCUGGGCAAGCAUCGCCGACAAACGAAGCUACGCACGCACCAGCGACCGGUGGGCCUGCGCAGGCGGCACCCGCCGCCCCAGUGGAUACUGCAUGA